UUAAAUUAAACCGCGCGAUCGCAAAGUUUCUGCGAAUAUAAUAUAUCUGGAAGUUACCGACAAUACGCAAUUUUAUUUCAAACACAUAGCAUUAAAAUGCGUAGAAGCUGGAGAGGUCGUUACCGAAAUAAUUGGCAUCGAACACGGAACAACCAAAAUUCUGGUUCAGAUAAUCAAAGUUUAAAUAACUCAUCCAGUUCUCAUAGGGUAUCAAGCACUGCAGGAUCUUCACGAGCACCGGCUAACCAGUUGCCCAUUGUAUUGCCUAUCAGUGGAAACAGUAUAUGGAAACUUUAUUUCCCUACUGAAGAUCAAGAUUCCAAUCCUGAGUCUCUAAACCAUGUAAAAUCUUUUAAGACCUUUAUAGAAAACAAUAAAAACUUGUUUGAUUUGGAGAAGAUUGACCAAACUCGCAGUGUACCACUGGACAUAACCAAUUUAACGAAUGAUUCAGAUUUUGUUAGUAGUUGGCCUACAUUUAACACUGAAUUAUUUGAAUAUCCAGAUAAAACUUUACGGCUUUUAGAAUAUUGCUUACAUGAGACCUUUAAAUUUGAAUCUAAAAUUAAAAUAAGAAUACUAAAUCAUCAACCAGUUAUUCCACUAGCUAAUUUGAAAGUGAAUUAUUUUGGUAAACUAGUAACAAUAAAAGGGACUGUGAUUAGGGUAGGCAGUGUUGGUCUCAUUUGUACGUCUAUGGCAUUUGAAUGUUCAAGCUGCCAUAAUCUUCAAGCCGUUGUACAACCUCAAGGAGUUUUUACAGCUCCUAAUACAUGUCAAAGUUGCAACGGUGGUUCUAAGUUUGAACCAUUACAGUCAUCACCUUUUACUAAUACAACUGAUUGGCAAGUUGCUAAGAUACAGGAAAUUCAGUCACAAAGUUUGUCUGGAACUAUACCAAGAAGUGUAGAAAUAGAACUACAAGGAGAUCUAGUUGGAACUGCUUGUCCAGGAGAUGUGCUGUCUGUUACAGGAAUAGUCCAAGUGCGCGGUGAAAGCAAAGGUGGUGAAGAUGGUAAAAGAGCGGCCAGGCUAUUACAACUGUACAUUGAAGCUGUUUCUAUUCACAGUCAUCGGAAUUUGAGUAAUCCAACACUAUCUUUUACUCUAAAAGAUUAUUACGCUAUUCAGGAAAUACAUGCUUCUGAAGAUGUGUUCAGGUUACUUGUGCACUCACUAUGUCCCACAAUUUUUGGGCACGAGGCGGUCAAGGCCGGACUUAUUCUAGGCUUGAUAGGUGGGACGGAACUUGAGAAUGGACCGAGAUCUAACCCCCAUGUCCUGGUUGUUGGUGAUCCAGGGCUGGGGAAGUCACAGCUACUACAAGCUGCGGCUCAUGCUGCUCCAAGAGGUGUGUACGUAUGUGGCGCGUCCGCCUCAGCAGGCGGUCUAACAGUAGCACUGGGCAGAGAAGCGGGGGGAGACUUUGCUCUAGAAGCGGGAGCGCUAGUCUUAGCUGACAAGGGUGUAUGUUGCAUAGAUGAACUCGACAAAAUGACGAGCCACCACAGCAGCCUGCUGGAGGCCAUGGAGCAGCGGCGCGUGAGCGUGGCCAAGGGCGGCGUGGUGUGCAGCCUCGCCGCGCGCGCCACCGUGCUGGCCGCCGCCAACCCCGCGCACGGCUCCUACAACAGAUCCAAAACUGUUGCCGAAAAUCUCAAAUUAAAUUCGGCGCUUCUUUCAAGAUUUGAUUUAGUCUUUAUUCUUUUAGACCAGCCUGACGAGAGAAUGGAUGCGAUGCUGUCGGAACACGUACUAGCUCUCCAUACUGGCCAUAGAAAACAAUCAACCAAAACUAGUGGAUUAAAUACUAGUUUAAAUACAAGUCAGUGUGACAACGAAGUGUCUCUGAGCCAAAGAUUGCAGCUUAAACACGGCGAAGUAAUUGACCACUUGCCAUUAGUACUGCUUAGAAAAUAUAUAGCGUACGCUAGAAGAUACGUGCACCCAAAAAUAAGCACUGACGCGGCUAACGCUUUACAAAGCUUUUAUUUAGAACUACGUCACAAUCAUCAGAGUGGUUCCCAUGAUGGAACGCCAAUCACAACACGACAACUUGAAGCUUGCAUUCGGCUUUGCCAGGCCAGAGCUCGUGUAGACCUAAGAGAAGAGGCGACAGUCCAAGAUGCAAAUGAUGUCAUAAGUCUAUUAAAACAUAGCUUAAUAGACACAUUUAGCGACGGAUUUGGCAACAUACAGCUGUCGAGGUCAAUCAACGGAUCCGGAGUUAGUUCCAAAAACAAGGUUAGUCUUCCAAAAGAAAUGAAGAAUCUAUAUUCAAGGUCAUGUCAAUUUGAUCUUACAUGCGACAGCUAAAGCAAAUCGAUGUGCCUAUUAAACCUUCCAG